AUGGAAGACCUCCCAAUGGAUGAUGGCACGAAUCCUGCCAAGCCAGACCAGCCCUUUGAAUACUUCGCCAGGUUUACUUCCUCUGAUGCUGCAGCAGACCACCAGCCGGAGGAAAGUGAGCAGAGUAUGGACGGCUCAGGACCCUCAACACCUACCCACGACACGGAUCUGUUCGACGAAAGUGAUGACAUUCGAGUGGUCAAGCCCUAUGAUAUUGAAGAGCCCGACGAUGAGUUGCAAACUAGCGUACCAAGGGUAGAUCUACUAUGUCUCCCAGAUCGGUUCGAACGAUGGCAGCGUGACUUAACAGACCGUCUGAAUGACAUGGACUACCAACCGGGUGGAUCUAAUAGCAAUACAUUUCCUUCGCCUUCGGUGCGAAGGAGAGGGCAGAAGAGGAAGCCAGCUAACAACACUCUCGGUACACAGCAGGACUAUCCGCACUUCGCACAAAGACAUGCAUCAGCCGAGAAUCCACCCGAAGCGCAUGAGCCUUACCCCAAAAGGCGAAGGUUUGGCGAACUUCCAAAAUGGCAUGCUCAGGAUAUAGACUCAUUUGGCGCUUUCCGGGAAGGCAACGCGAAUGAAAGCUCGGGUUCCGAGACAGCAUCGAUCGACCUGACUGGCAACGACACUAUGAACGACUCGCACAUGGCCGAUGAGAUGGAUAUCGACUAA